AGAAAAGAAAAAACCUUCCUUCAUAUUCUAGAAAUUUAAAAUUCCACUCCAGAUUCCCCAAAUUAUUCCAAUUCCAAUUCCAAUUCAAUGCAGGAAUUGAAACCCUAGCUCACCAUAUAUGAGAGAGCGCUGUUUCGUAAAGAAUAAAGCUUUAAUUUUUUUCCGCACUAGUAGGAAAAGUAUAAAUCUCUAAUGCAUGUAGCAGUGGAUCUGAAUUCCUACUUGCACUUUGUAUUGACGGCCAUAGUCGUCGUAUUUUCACUCCUCUACCUCGUCAAGACCACCGCCUCCAAGUACUUUCUCGUCGACGACGAGUCUAAUUUUGAUUCUGCUGCUUCGCCGCCGACGGCGAGUUUUGGUGAUCGGAGAAUGGAGGAGCCGCCGACAACAACGCCAGAAGGUUGCGGGGUAUGCGGUAGUAUCACCUCUAAGCAAUGCUCUCGUUGCAAGAUGGUUAAAUACUGCUCUGAAGCUUGCCAAAGAUCUCAUUGGGAAUCUGGGCAUAAAUUUAAAUGCAAGGAUUUUAGGAAAGGCAGUUCUUCUGCAGCUUCGCUGAUACCUGACCAUUCGAAGAAGGUACUUUUCCCAUACAAGGAAUUCUUGGAACUUUUUAACUGGGAUAGCCCAGGUUUCCCACCUUGUGGGCUCCUAAAUUGUGGAAACAGUUGCUUUGCGAAUGUGGUUCUACAAUGUCUGACUUACACUAAGCCGCUUGUUGCCUACUUGUUGGAGAAAGGCCACCUGAGAGAAUGUAGGCGGAAUGGUUGGUGCUUCCUUUGUGAAUUUCAACACCAUGUAGAGCGGGCUAGUCGAAGUCAGCAGCCCUUCUCACCAAUUAACAUACUUUCACGUUUGCCUAAUAUUGGUGGUAAUCUUGGGUAUGGUAAACAGGAGGAUGCCCAUGAAUUUAUGAGGUUUGCUAUUGACACGAUGCAAUCUGUGUGCCUUGAUGAAUUUGGUGGAGAGAAAGCUGUUCCUCCUAACACACAGGAGACAACACUUAUUCAACACAUAUUUGGUGGUCACCUGCAAUCCCGGGUCAUAUGUACAGAAUGCAAUAAUGUUUCAGAUCAGUUUGAGAAUAUGAUGGAUCUGACCGUAGAGAUUCAUGGGGAUGCUGAAUCUUUGGAGGAAUGCUUAGAUCAAUUCACAGCAAGAGAAUGGCUUGAUGGAGAUAACUUGUAUAAAUGUGAUGGAUGCAAUGACUAUGUCAAGGCAUGGAAGUGUCUAAUGGUCAGGAGGGCACCAAAUAUCUUAACAAUUGCCUUGAAAAGGUUUCAGAGUGGUAGGUUUGGUAAAUUGAAUAAGAGGGUGACUUUCCCUGAAACAUUGGAUCUCCAUCGGUACGUGAGCGAAGCAGGAGACGGCAAUAAUAUUUACAAGCUAUAUGCAGUUAUUGUUCACGUGGAUAUGUUGAAUGCGUCAUUUUUCGGCCAUUACAUAUGCUAUAUCAAGGAUUUCCGUGGAAGUUGGUACAGGAUUGAUGAUUGUAAGGUGGUUAGUGUUGAUUUGGAUGAAGUGCUUUCGCAGGGAGCAUACAUGCUCUUAUAUAGCAGGAUCUACCCUCGGCCGGCAUCCUUAUUUCCUCUUGAACUAUUAAAGAAAGAGGACCAGGAUACAGUUAAAGUGGAAGACAAGCCAGGUUCCACAGACCAACCUGUUAAAUGUCUUAGCGCAACAGUGUCUCCGACUACAGUUGUUGAUUCUGUUUCACCGCCAGAUGUUAAUGGUUCAGAAGUUAAGAUCAUUGGGGCUAAAGUGGAGUUAUCCUCCUUAACCAACCCUGAGGACAGAGCGGAGCAUCAGGAGGUAGAUACUGGGGCAAGUUCUCAUGUCCAGCAGGAGUUCCUGGAUGUUAAACCAUCCAGUGCAGCUACAGGAAUUUCUUGCCUUAGAGUGGUAUCUGAUAGUUCCUUUGGUGCUACUUCUUCGGCUGAAGUUGAGAUUCAGAAACGUGAAACAAAAUCCCCUGUUUCUGACAGUAAAGAUGAUACUGAACCAUGCCAAAGAACCACCAAUGACUGUCUGUUGAGUUCUUCGUUUACCGAGGAUUCUGUAGCGACAAAUGGUGAUAUGCUGGAUGAUGCUUCAUCCUCUGCCUCAAGCUUAGGUGACAUCUCAGACAAUGCAAAGUUACAAACUUCCACUCAACUGCCAGACAAAACUAACCAGAAUAAAGAAUUUUCAUCUCACGUAAGCCACCCUGUGGUUCUGAAAUCAGGUGGAGGGAGUUCUUCUGGACCAAAGUUAAAGCCACUGUUCGCCCCUGGCUUCCUUGGGAAACGCCCAUCGAACAGAUGUACCAAGAAAGAUGUCUCAUGGGAAGUUUGCCAGAAUAGCACCCUAAAUGGUCUGACAAAUGCCUGUGCCAAGCCUGAAUUGGCUUGUGAAAAUGACAUUGAUAUGGAUGACCAAUAUACUAAUAUGGAAGACAAAUAUUUUGAGUCUAGUAAUGCUUCAAUUGGACAAGCUGCAAUUUCUCUUAAUGAGACUAAGAUGGCCACCUGUAAAUCUGGGGAAUCAAGUCACCUUGAGAAUGGAGAUUCUGCUGUCCCGAUGGAAUGUGAUUGGAGCACUGAUGUCACCAUUAGUGAUGAAAAGUCAUAGGUAGCGCAAGCAAUCAGCUGGUUUAGAUAGGGAAUCUCAUGGACGAGUUGAACUAGAACCUCCAAUUGUCAAGAAGUUUGGAUAGCUCCUACAAGAACUUGGAGAAAAGAUAACUAGUGUCUAAAUUAUAUAUUAUGAACGUUUCCCAUUUAACAAAUAUUUAAGUUUUCAAGAGAUCUAGUUCAUCACUGAGGAGGCAAUGGGUAGCUUUUUAUUUCGACAUUGUUACAGAGCUUCUUCAGAUGUUGAUGUUAAACUGGAAAAUGUCAUGGUCCAGGAACCAGAUAUCAUUCAUUCAGGGGCUGAUAUGAGGUACUAGUACUAAUCUAUGGAUGUUUUGGCGAUCCAACUACAAUGGAGAUAGAGAAUAACCAAGUAGCAUAUUUUUAAUUGAUAUUAUUGUUACUCCCCUCGUCACAAUAGAACGUACUGGGUAUUUUUUUUCCAGGGUUUCAAAAUUUGAAGAAAUCUUGGACAAACUUGUAUCCUUUUUGGCUGGGUUCAUCUAGCAAGAAGGAACUGUCCGCAAUACAUUUGUGGUAUGGAUAGAAGUUCCAUAACUUUGAGAUAGUUCCAUUAAUUGGAUUCUAUUGCUGCCUAACCGCCUGUUGUAAAUGCUAAUUCUUUUGUUCUUAUAGUUCUUGUAACACUGGGUGCUGUAGUUUAGAAUGAGAAUUCUUGUUUACUUCUCAUUUAGAAUUAAAGUUAGGAAAAUUGAGGGGUGGGAUGUAGUUAAGGGGUGGAAGCGGAGUAUACAGCUAAUUUAGAAGUUGUUCGUCCGGUCUACUAUUUUCACAAUUGUUUUAGGUUCCAAAAUUAACCAAGCUCACUCAUGUAGUUUUUUCUCUAAGAUUGAGCAAACAUUGUUUGCUUGAAUCAUUUAUACUAGUCCAUUUGGUGAUUGAAUGCAUAUUUCCGAAUCAUAGUUUAAGUUUUAUGUGGUGAGGAGGAGAGGCCUCAUGUGUGUGUGUGUGUGUGUGCGUGUUUUCCUUUUUAUUGGGUGGGUAUGGGGGAUUGGAAGCAGGUCCCGUGCUACGGGGGACAAGGGAAGCAGCAAGUCAUUUUUUAUGUACUCUGGAUCUUCAUGAACGUGAUUACACCUUAUUGUGUAAUUUUUGGAAUUUGAAAUAAGUGCUGCAGAAUGGUCCUAUAUGAAUCUGUGAUCUAGUCCAUCUUCUGUUAGUUUACUACAGCACAAUCUUUCCGAAUUUCACCAAGAUUUCCAGUUUUGACCCCAAACCUUCCAAGCUUUGUCAUGGCAGCAAUGAAGACCCUUUCAAAAGCUGUCCUGUUUGAUGCAAAGAUAUUCACUAUUCUCCUUGACCCCCUUUUAGUAAACAGUGUCUGGUCAGAAGUGAACAGCCCUUUCCCUCUCUGUAGGUUCUUGUAAUAUGUGUUAUCGAACACUUGAGGGGUGUCUGGAUCCAUGGGGAUGACUACUCCAGGAGGUGCAUCUUGUGGGCACAUUUCUUGGAGUUUCUUAGCAUAGGUUGCAUCAAUUGUUGGAUCAACCUUGUGUGUGCUGUUAAAGUUGUAUAUCCUGCUUGAGAACUGGUUUCAAUGUGAAAAUCCUAGUGUAUGUGCUCCUGCAAAAA